UCCAAAAGAUUGUGUCUCCGGCCAAAAGAAAAAAAGAAAAAAAAAAAAAAAAUCACUGACCUGGCUAGACCCUAGCUCCCUCUCUUUGUCCAGACGGAGGCGGCAUCAUGGAGCCCCUCUAUCAGUCCCGGUCCAUUCUGAUGAAGGUGAACACCUUACACGGGAAGAAGAUGGUGGAGAGCGGCCUCCAGUCUGGGGAUUUCUCUCUGCCCCAGUCUUGGUCCUCCGGCCUCCUGCCGCCGGCCGAUCUCGAGCUCCUGCAGCAGAAGGUGGCCGGGAUGCAGCGCGAGCUGGAGGACUUCAAGAAGGAGGCGCUCAGGGCCAUCCGCUACCUGGAAGACGCCUUCUGCGAGAUGAACGGGGCCCUGGUGCAGCAGGGGGAGCAGGCGGCCCGCGUGAAGCAGCGGCUGCGGGAGGAGGAGGACCGGGGCGUCGUGCGGAACAAGGUCCUCACCUUCCUGCUGCCCCGGGAGAAGCAGCUCCGGGAGCACUGCAAGCGGCUAGAGUUCCUGCUGCUGGGCCGGGGCCGCGACCCGCAGAGCAUCCCCGGGAAGAUCCAGGCCAACUGAGGCCCUUUCCGCGACGAGCCGCCGAGCAGCCCAGUGGCAGAUGCUUUUAGCUAGAAGGACACAUCCCGAGAGUCCUGAAUCUCUGCAAACAAGGUUUGAAGAUUUGCAAGACCCAGGCUGAACUUCAGAAAAGGACCCCGUGCCCGAUCCAUUCUUCAUGGUGACAUCAUCUAUCAACCAUGUACCCUGCAGGGCUGCAACCCUGUACUAACUUUCGUUUCCACUUUGGAAGGUGUCCCUGUAGUAGUAACAAUAAUGUUAAAACCAGUAA